AGCCCCGCCUCCGGUUCGCGUGCGGAGCGGGGCCGGCGGUGGCGACGCCGCGCGUCUCGGGGCGGGUCCGCAGAGGCAGGGGGAUGGCUCGCGCGGCCUCCGGGGUCGGCGGCAUCCCGGGUGGGCCACGUCUGGUUUCCCGGCCUCGGUCCCUGUGUCCCUGAAACGGGACCGAGAGAGCAGGGCUUCGAGGCACGACCGCGUUUGAGUCCCCCGAGAAUUUCGGGCCCGUGUCGGCCUGACCCGGUUUGGGGGUCCGAAGGCGCCCGCUGGGCCCGGGGGUCGCUGUGAUGGAUUCCCUGGCGGCGCCCCAGGACCGCCUGGUGGAGCAGCUGCUAUCGCCGCGGACCCAGGCGCAGAGGCGGCUCAAGGAUAUUGACAAGCAGUACGUGGGCUUCGCCACACUGCCUAACCAGGUGCACCGGAAGUCGGUGAAGAAGGGCUUCGAUUUCACGCUCAUGGUGGCUGGUGAGUCGGGCCUGGGGAAGUCCACACUGGUCCACAGCCUCUUCCUGACCGACCUGUACAAGGACCGGAAGCUUCUCAGUGCUGAGGAGCGCAUCAGCCAGACGGUGGAGAUCCUGAAGCAUACGGUGGACAUUGAGGAGAAGGGCGUCAAGCUGAAGCUCACCAUUGUGGACACACCGGGCUUUGGGGAUGCUGUAAACAACUCUGAGUGCUGGAAGCCCAUUACCGACUACGUGGACCAGCAGUUUGAGCAGUAUUUCCGCGACGAGAGCGGCCUCAACCGCAAGAACAUCCAAGACAACCGGGUGCACUGCUGCCUGUACUUCAUCUCUCCGUUUGGGCACGGGCUGCGGCCGGUGGACGUGGGUUUCAUGAAGGCUCUGCAUGAGAAGGUGAACAUCGUGCCCCUCAUUGCCAAAGCUGACUGUCUGGUCCCCUGUGAGAUCCGGAAGCUGAAGGAGCGGAUCCGGGAGGAGAUCGACAAGUUCGGGAUCCACGUGUAUCAGUUCCCCGAGUGUGACUCAGACGAGGACGAGGACUUCAAGCAGCAGGACCGGGAACUGAAAGAGAGUGCACCCUUCGCGGUAAUCGGCAGCAACACGGUGGUGGAGGCCAAGGGGCAGCGAGUCCGGGGGCGACUGUACCCCUGGGGGAUUGUGGAGGUGGAGAACCAGGCGCACUGCGACUUCGUGAAGCUGAGAAACAUGCUCAUCCGCACACACAUGCAUGACCUCAAGGACGUGACGUGCGACGUGCACUACGAGAACUACCGCGCACAGUGCAUCCAGCAGAUGACCAGCAAACUAACCCAGGACAGCCGCAUGGAGAGCCCCAUCCCCAUCCUGCCACUGCCCACCCCCGAUGCUGAGACGGAGAAGCUUAUCAGGAUGAAGGAUGAGGAGCUGAGGCGCAUGCAGGAGAUGCUGCAGAAGAUGAAGCAGCAAAUGCAGGACCAGUGACCCCUCCCCAGCCCUACGUUGCCAUGGAUAUACUGCCAGUUUCUGGACUGGCCUUUUCCACUUCUGGACCCCGACUGGCCUGGAUUCGACCCUGGAUUCAUCUGGAUCUCUGACAGGCCUGGAAGCAACCCCAAUCCCAGAGUGGCCUAGACCCAGACUGUUCCUGACCUGACCGAGAGACGUGGGGUCACAACCCCAGCCAUCCCUAAUUUAUUCUCAGCAACAGCCCCUCCCCUCACUUGUAUCUGUUUCCAUGGGGCCUGGGCAAUGGCCCCCACUCUGGCCUUGGAGGAGCAGGAGCUGGUUGGGCUGUGACUUUUGAGGACCCCCCCACCCCCACUCCCCGCCAUCUCAGAAGGUCACAGCCCUCAGACUCCAGGCCCUACUCAGGCAGAAGAGGGGAGCAGAUCCCCAGGGUCUCGGACCUAUUCCCCCACCCAGUGUCACAGCACAGACUUGGGAGCUGUGUCCCCCUGCUCCCGUGGGCCACCCAGCACAUGCUGAGACCUCACUUGGUGUGGAUGCGGGCCAGGUCCUCUCUUCCCUCCUCACCCAGGAGCUCAGCAGGCAGAUGGAGCACCCUAGGCACUUAGGGUCCCUCCAGGCCUAAGGAGGCCAGGAUGGAGCGAGGGGUUGGGAUGCAGUGAUAGCCCGUGCCCCUCCCCCACAGCUGUGGUUUUGGGAGGGCUCCAGGAGCAGUGGGCUGUGGGCCGUCCCCUGGCAACCCCCAUGCCUCGACUGCUGUUCCCUGCCUGUGGCUGGGGGUCCUGCUCCCCAGCAUCAUUGUUGCCCUGGGUUCCCCAGCCCUUGGCCCCGUCCACCAUCACCCCCCCACCCGCAUGAACCCCUUC